CUGUUCCGUGUUCCUCUCUUGGUUUCACAGGAUAACGUGGAGAGGGCAGAUGCACUUCAGUUGACAGUGGAGGAGUUUGUUGAGCGUUACGAGAAGCCGUACAAGCCCGUAGUCUUGCUGAAUGCUCAGGUGGGCUGGUCUGCCCAGGAGAAGUGGACUCUGGAGCGGCUCAAACGCAAGUAUAGGAACCAGAAGUUCAAGUGUGGGGAGGACAAUGACGGUUAUUCUGUGAAAAUGAAGAUGAAAUACUACAUAGAGUACAUGGAAACCACACGCGAUGACAGCCCGCUCUACAUCUUUGACAGCAGUUAUGGAGAGCAUCCCAAGCGCAGGAAACUCCUGGAGGACUACAAAGUACCCAAAUUCUUCACCGAUGAUCUGUUUCAGUAUGCAGGGGAGAAACGAAGGCCACCUUACAGAUGGUUUGUGAUGGGCCCACCUCGUUCUGGAACAGGAAUUCAUAUCGAUCCCUUGGGAACUAGUGCGUGGAAUGCCUUAGUCCAGGGACAUAAGCGUUGGUGCCUGUUCCCUACCAGCACUCCCAGAGAGCUGAUCAAAGUGACGCGAGAAGAGGGUGGGAACCAGCAGGAUGAGGCUAUCACUUGGUUCAAUGUCAUCUAUCCUAGGACGCAGCUCCCCACCUGGCCUCCCGAAUUCAAACCCCUGGAAAUCUUACAGAAACCAGGCGAGACAGUCUUUGUGCCAGGUGGCUGGUGGCAUGUAGUUCUCAAUCUCGACACAACUAUUGCCAUCACACAAAACUUUGCCAGUUGUACCAACUUCCCUGUGGUGUGGCACAAGACAGUAAGAGGGAGACCCAAAUUGUCACGGAAAUGGUACAGGAUCCUGAAGCAGGAGCAUCCUGACUUGGCAGCCUUGGCUGAUUCAGUUGACCUGCAGGAAUCUACUGGUAUUGCUUCUGAUAGUUCUAGUGAUUCUUCCAGUUCCUCAAGUUCCAGCUCCUCAGACUCUGAUUCAGAGUGUGACUCUGGCUCUGAGACAGAGGGAAUGAUGCACCGGAGGAAAAAGAGGAGAACAUGCAGCAUGAUGGGUAACGGUGAUACAACUUCCCAGGACGACUGUGUGAGCAAAGAGCGCAGCUCCUCCAGGAUUAGAGAAUCUUGUGGAGGCCGCAGCUACCCCUGAGCCCCCGGGGGCCCCCUGCCGAUCGAAGCUCCGUUAGCAGCCAGCCAGCUCUGUUCUACCCCCUCCUGCUUCUUUUUCUCACAGUCCUUAAGUUGUUGUCACUCUUCCUCGAUCCAGACACCCGUCUUCAUUACAUGCCGUCGAAGGUUGGCUCCUCAGUAACUUCUAGCGGAACACCCCAACCCUGCGUUAUUGUGCAAUGCUUUGUUCCCUCCGCGCCCCGAGUGAGUGCACUAAUAACCCGGCCUGGGGUCAGGACGUGCCGAGUAUUUAAUGGUUCACGGAACUGGCGAGGAAGGCGGCGGU